UAUAAGAUUUGGCUAUGUCCUUCAUAUUUGACUGGAUUUACAGUGGUUUCAGCAGUGUGCUACAGUUUUUAGGAUUAUAUAAGAAAACUGGUAAAUUGGUAUUUCUUGGAUUGGAUAAUGCGGGAAAAACAACAUUGCUACACAUGCUAAAAGAUGAUAGACUUGGACAACAUGUCCCAACGUUACAUCCCACGUCAGAAGAACUAACCAUUGCUGGCAUGACAUUUACAACUUUUGAUCUGGGUGGACAUGUUCAAGCUCGAAGAGUGUGGAAAAACUACCUUCCUGCUAUCAAUGGCAUUGUAUUUCUGGUGGAUUGUGCAGACCAUGAAAGGCUGUUAGAAUCAAAAGAAGAACUUGAUUCACUAAUGACAGAUGAAACUGUUGCUAAUGUGCCUAUACUGAUUCUUGGAAAUAAGAUUGACAGACCUGAAGCCAUCAGUGAAGAGAGGUUGCGAGAGAUGUUUGGUUUAUAUGGUCAGACAACAGGAAAGGGCAGUGUAUCUCUGAAAGAACUGAAUGCCCGGCCCUUAGAAGUUUUUAUGUGUAGUGUGCUCAAAAGACAAGGCUAUGGAGAAGGCUUCCGCUGGAUGGCUCAGUACAUUGAUUAACACCAGCCCGCAUCGGUUCAAGGUCUCACCAUUCAGGCCUACUCAGAGAUUUGAUCACUCAACAUGCAUAACUUGAAUUCAAUAGACUUUUGUUGGUUAGAAAACAGAUGUUUUUUAGAUUAUUAAUAUUUUAUCAACCUAAUUUGAGUGAGAAUUGAAGACUGAUUCAAGUAAGCUGAAUAUCGCAAUGUAGCUUUCUAAUUCCAUAAAAAUAAUUAGAUUUUACAGUUUAUAAUCUGACAUUACCCCCAGCACCAUUUUUAAAGAGCAACUUUCCAGACUACCUUUGAAGCACUUUUUAACAAUAUGAAACUACAAAUGUAAACCAUAUUUAAAAG